CAUCCUGCCUUGCUCCUCCAUCUCACACCGAGGGACUGCGCCAUGUUCGGCUUCCUAAAGUCGAACGCCAAAGGCGCGCAACAGCAACCCCACCAUGAAAACAACGGCAGCGACCAGGACGAUCCACGCCCAAAAUCACAUUUGGGGAUACUGAGUGCCGAUACCGAUGAGGUUCCAGGCUCUGUCAUCCUACUGUCCCGUGUCCAUAAGCGCAACGAACCCCUCGGUCUCCAGCACGCCCGGGGCCGAGCGUCUGCUUCCUCGCUGCCUUCGCCCUACGCCUCUCGAGCCUCGUCGAGGGUGAGGCCCUUGGAGAAGAAGCGCACAAAGGAUGGCAAAUUUAUUCUGGACCCGCAGCCCGAAGACUCGCAGAACGAUCCCCUCAACUGGAAACAGCUUCGCCGGGACCUGGCUCUCAUUUCUCUGGGUUUCUACUGCAUGGUUGGGGGAGGUAUGACCCCGGUGCUGGCUGCCGGCUUUAACAACGUUGCCGCCACAUACGACGUAUCCAUUCCCCAGGUCGCCUUGACCACUGGCUUAUAUAUGCUCGGACUGGGUCUCGGGAGCGUGCUGGCUUCCCCAACCGCCAUACUCUACGGUAAACGCCCAGUCUAUCUCGCCGCCAUUGUCUUGUUCUGUGCCAGCUCUGUCUGGUGUGCCUUGUCUCCCAAUUAUGCAUCGCUCGUGGUAGCUCGCAUUGUCCAGGGUAUUGCCGUGUCUCCUGUUGAGUGUUUGCCGUCCGCUACCAUUGCCGAGAUUUUCUUUCUGCACGAGCGAGCAUAUAGGCUAGGCAUUUACACGCUGCUACUCCUUGGUGGCAAGAACCUCGUCCCCCUGGUCAGUGCUGCUAUAGUCGAGUCGUUGGGUUGGCGGUGGGUGUUCAAGAUCGUUGCCAUGGUUGUUGGUCUCUGCUUCUUCCUCAUCUUCUUCUUUGUCCCCGAGACAUUUUGGGAUCGCAGUCCCCAUGCUCGAGGAAAGAAUGCCAAACGUACUCGAAGCCGAAGCCGAAGCCGAAGCAGGCAUGCCAGCCAGCUUCGUCUGCCUUCAAGCUGCAAUAUCCCCCUCACUAAGCCGGAAGACGGUCCAGACUCCGAUCCGUCCGGCAAACCUUGUGCUCGGUCACAGCACGUAGGCUUUGCACCGACCCCAGAACCGGCGGCGAUGCAGCAAGCCGAAACUGUAGCCAAUGAGCCUUCAACACAGGUGGAGGCUAAUUUGGAUCAAGAAAAGAUCGGCCCGAGUAGUCCUGAUGCUCAGGAUACCCGAGAACAAACAACUUCCAAGCACGAUCUGGAAAAACAGUCGCCGACGGAAGCGUUUUUCCACGCGCCUUCAUCAACCACGGGCACCGAUGGGCACAUCUCCGAUACCAUCUCGGAGCAAUUCUCUGUCCACUAUACUGACUACUAUCGCUCUGCACCGCCCAAGUCAUAUGUACAAUCUCUAAAGGUAUGGAACGGCCGGCUGGUGAAGGACAAGUGGAUCAAGGUCAUGUUACGGCCCCUGAUUCUUUUCGCGUACCCAGCGGUGUUGUGGUCCUCGCUCGUAUACGCCCUCGCUGUAGGGUGGCUGAUUGUCUUGUCUGAGUCGGUGGCCCACAUUUACCAAGAUCGAAAGUCGUACAAUUUCACCGCUCUCCAGGUUGGCCUCGUGUACAUCUCACCGUUUGUAGGGGGAGUGAUUGGCACUGCGGUGGCUGGCAAGUUCUCGGAUCUCAUUGUUCGAUUCAUGGCACGCAAAAAUGAUGGCAUCUACGAGCCAGAGUUUCGAUUGGUGAUGGCGAUCCCGAUCGCCAUCAGCACCGUCAUUGGUCUUAUGGGGUUUGGCUGGAGUGCCGAGGAAAAAGAUAACUGGAUCGUCCCCACCGUCUUCUUCGGAGUGAUAAGCUUCGGAUGUUCAUUGGGGUCCACCACGGCGGUCACUUUUGUUGUUGAUUCGUACAGACAAUAUGCAGGGGAGGCGCUCGUAACGCUGAACUUCUGCAAGAACAUCCUGCAUGGGUUUAUCUUCUCCCUGUUUUUUCCCCAUUGGCUGGAGUCGGAAGGCCCCAAGAAGACUUUUGUUGCAGUGGGUGGUAUUCAACUAGCAUGCAUGCUUUUCUCGAUACCCAUGUACAUGUACGGGAAACGGGCUAGGAUGUGGACUGUGCGGAAAAAUCUCAUGGAGAAAUUCUGA